AUGGAAGAAAUAAAUGGAGAUCUUUAUGGUGAUAGUUUAGUUAGUAUUGGAGAUGAAGGAUCUUUAGAAUCUUCUGAGAAUGGCAAACAAGAACAAAACUGUAAAAUUUGCGACAAUAAACUUUGCAGUCCCAGAGUUUUGUCUUGUCUCCAUGUAUUCUGUGAGGCUUGCAUUGAUAAGUUGAUGGUAAAUGAAGCCGGUGAUUCCCUGAAGUAUGAUUUGGCUGUCGAAUGCCCCCUAUGCAAACAAGAAACUAAGAUGCCUGGUGGAGGAGCCGCAUCACUGCCUUCCGAUUAUGUUCUCACUAACAUACUCGAUGUUUCUUCCAUGGAUCAAUCUGUUGUUUGCACCUGCUGCAAGAGCAAGGAGCCGGCGGUCGCUAGGUGCACCGAUUGCUCCCACUUCCUCUGUUCCAACUGCAACUCGGCCCACGAGUUUAUGAGGUGCUUCGAGAACCACCGUGUCGUGCCGUUCGACGCUCUCAGGGCGUCCAAGGAGAAGUCCGCCGUGCACAAGCCGAUAUUCUGCACCCGCCACGUCGGCGAGAGCCUAAAGUUCUACUGCUGCGAGUGCGAGGUGGGCGCGUGCACCGAGUGCCUCACCGUCGAUCACAAGGUGGGCGAGCACCGCUGCGAGAGGAUCGUCGACGCCGAGCCGGGCCUGCGCGCCGAGCUGAGGGGCUUCAUCGCGCAGGCGAACGCGCGCGCCGAGGCCGCGGGCAGCGCCUCGGCCAGGCUGGACGACGCGCUCGGCGACCUGCAGCGGCAGCGGGACGAGGCCGAGUCCCUCAUCGACGAGGCCUUCCGCGCCUACAAGGCCGCCCUCGAGAGGCGCCGCGAGAAGGCGCUCGAGGAGCUCGAGCGGCUGCACAAGGAGCGCGAGCUCAAGGUGAUGGACCUCUUCGACCGCGUGGACAAGACCGUGCAGCGGAUCGACUGCGCGUGCAAGUUCGCCGCGCGGCUGCUGCGCCGCGGCGACGGCACCGAGAUCGUGAUGCUGAAGAAGACCGUGGCGUCGCAGUUCGCGCGCCUGCUCGAGGGCGCGCCCGAGUUCGACGUGGACUACUCGCUCGAGUUCGUGGCGAGGCCGGAGCGGUUCGACGCGGUGGCGGAGGAGACGUUCGGCGCCUUCCGCACGGAGGCGACGCGCGCCGAGGAGAGGAAGCGCGCCAGCGAGUCGUCGGCCAUCGCGGCGGCCGCGUCGAACGCGCACUCGCCCGCCGUAUCCGUGGGCAGCGCGCCCGUGUUCGACGACUUCCCGCUGGGCAACGUGAGGCGGGUGACGGGCGUGGCGGGCCCCGGCGCGCUGGUGGGCGUGCCGCCGAUCGGCGUGCCGGGCGUGCCCAUCCCCGGCGUGGCCAACACGGGCGUGAUGCCCGGCGUGCAGCUGGCCAGCAUCGCCGAGAAGGAGGUGCCGCCGCCGCCCCCGCACGCCUCCCCGGCGCCGCCCUUCACGCUCGCCGAGCUGCUCGCCGGCGACCUCAACUCGCCGCAGGCCUUCAACAAUCUGCAGGCGCUCGCUAAGCUCGGUCUCAAUACCGAGGUGAACGGUUUCGGGGGCGUCGGCGGGGUGGGAGGCGUCGGCGGCGUGGGGGGCAUGGGCGGCGUGGGGGGCGUGGGCCCGCGCGGCGUAUCGCCCGGGCGGCCGCUGCUCACGGCCGCCGAGGAGGCGGCGCUGGUGGCGCCCCCCGCGCCGCUGGUGCGCGCCACCAAGGCGACGCCGAUGCACAUCAGGUUCAAGUUCGGCCAGCUCGGCGGCGGCAAGGGCCAAUUCAACUCGCCGCACGGCUUCUGCCUGGGCAACGACGAGGACAUCAUCGUCGCCGACACGAACAACCACCGGAUAACGGUGUUCGACAAGUCGGGCACCCACAAGUUCAACUUCGGCGUCGCCGGCAAGGAGGAGGGCCAGCUGUGGUACCCGCGCAAGGUGGCCGUGGUGCGCGCCACCGGCAAGUUCGUCGUGUGCGACCGCGGCAACGAGCGCUCGCGCAUGCAGAUCUUCACCAAGAACGGUCACUUCCUCAAGAAGAUCGCCGUACGCUUCAUCGACAUCGUCGCUGGUCUGGCCGUGACCGCCGAGGGUCUGAUCGUCGCCGUGGACAGCGUCACCCCGACGGUGUUCAUCCUGUCCGAGGAGGGGGACCUCAUGAGCUGGUUCGAUUGCAGUGAGUGCAUGCGUGAGCCAUCCGACAUCGCCAUUAGCGAGUCGCCCACGUCCGCAGGCAAGGAGUUCUACGUGUGCGACUUCAAGGGCCACUGCGUGGUAGUGUUCGACGACGAGGGCCGGUUCCUGCGCCGCAUCGGGUGCGAGAACGUGACAAACUUCCCGAACGGGAUCGACGUGUCGGACGCGGGCGACGUGCUGAUCGGCGACUCGCACGGCAACAAGUUCCACGUGGCGGUGUUCUCGCGCGACGGCGUGCUCGUCACGGAGUUCGAGUGCCCCUACGUCAAGGUCUCUCGCUGCUGCGGCCUGAAAAUAACAUCCGAAGGUUACAUCGUCACUUUGGCUAAGAAUAAUCACCACGUUCUAGUCCUAAACACCCUAUACAUAGUC